AUGGCGGAGACGACAUUGACAAUAUUUGCUGUGGUUCUCCUCUCAGCACACUGUGCUGUGCUCGGACAGUAUUGGCAAAACGAAGAUUCACUAACGCGAGUUGUUCGAUCCCCGUGUGAUGAAUGUGAAUAUCACAGAUUUCAUCAUCAUCCACGUCAUUUUAGGUACCUUGGGCCUCCGGGACCACCUCCAAUAUUCCGCACACAGCAAUGGACAGGGGUAGCGCGUGGUUCUGAUGGAAGCGCCCAAGGUGUAUUUAGUGGAGCAGCUGCUGCUGCCGAGGGCGGGGCUCAAACAGCUGGUCAAGCAUUCUCCCUAGCUUCUUCCUCUGUUGGAUCAGAUGUCGGUGCCGGCUUAGGAUCUAAAUCUGCAGGUUAUGGUGCUAGUGGCAAUUCAGGAGCUGCAGGUCAAGCUAGUGCUGGCGCUAUUAACAGUGGAUCCAUUGAGAGCAGUGGAGGAUCAGGUGCAGGUGCUACUGCAGUAGGAAGUUCUGGGUUCAGUUCAGAUGGAGUCGGGGGAAACGGACAGAAUGAAAAUGCUGCUAGUUUCAAAGAAUCACACUAUUCAUAUCAGAGCAAGCAAUUUGGAGGUCGCAAGCAAUUUGGGGGUUUUAGCUCUCAAUCACAAAGUCAAGAGGGUGGAUUCGGUGGUUCGCAUGGUCAACAGAAAGGAUUCAGUGGUUCUCAAGGCCAAGGAAGUGGGUUCAGUGGCUCACAAGGCCAAGAUAGUGGAUUUAGUAGCUCGCAAGGUCAAGGAGGGAGUGGAUUCAGUGGCUCGCAAAACCAAGGCAGUGGGUACAGUGGAUCACAAAGCCAAGGCGGUGGAUUCAGUGGUUCACAUGGUGGAGGGAAUGGGUUCAGUGGCUCACAAAACCAAGGGAGUGAGUACAGUGGAUCACAAGGCCAAGGGAGUGGAUUCAGUGGUUCACAUGGUCAAGGGAGUCAAUUCAGUGGCUCACAAAACCAAGGUAGUGGGUACAGUGGAUCACAAGGCCAAGGAAGUGGUUUCAGUGAUUCACGUGGUCAAGGGAGUGGAUUCAGUGGCUCACAAAAUCAAGGGAGUGGAUUUGGUAGCUCUCAAGAGCAGAGUGCUCGCUUUAGUUCUGCAAACUCUCAAGUUAAGAGCUCAUACGGGAACAGUGGUGGAUCUAGUUUUGGUCACAAUGAUGGCGGAUUUUCUGGCGAAGCUCAACAACAGCAAAUUGACGCUGGCUCUCAAAGCGGCGGCUUUUCUCAAGGAGGCGAUAGUUCGAUCAGUGAACAACAUCAUUCGCAAUCAUCGAGUGGUGGACAGUGGCAACAAGGCGGUGGAUAUGGGUCCAGCUCAUAUAGAAAGGCGGGAUCAGCUUUAAGUGGAGCUCUGGAUCUUGCUUCUCAAGGAAUGAAGUCAUAUCAGGGUGCCGGCUGCAGUACUUGCGGAAAGAGCAACUACGCCCUCAGUAACGCUAAGAGUGACAGUGGAUCGGCAGUGGCGAUCUCUGUGGGUGGUUAA